UGUAUACUGGAGCUGAUAACAGGGAGGCAUGCACUUUCUCAGCAGCUGUCAAAAGUGAUCAGAUCUACACAUUAAAGACAACUUUUAUGAGUGCGUGUAAUAUUUGGUAGGAAACACAACUGCUGCCACUAAUGAGCCAGAGAAAGGAAAAACAGAGAGUGAAAGAGAUACAGGUAAAGGAAAGCAUGUGUGUGCACUAAAUAUAUUGAAGAGCAAGCUGAAUCCGAGGUACAAACGGCAAAACCUGAGAAAGAGACAAACUGAGAGAAUAAGCAUAAGACAUCCAGAACACAUAAACAAGGAAGGAUAUACACAAAGGCAAGUAAAAACAGGAUAUCCAAAACUAACGUUUUUAGAGACUGCUGGGACAUUACUUAAUUGCAGAUUCUUUAUUUUUAAAUUUCCAUCAUUUAUCCCAUAUAUGCCUUGUCUACAGAGUUACAGAGAAAGUACCUGUAGAUUUUUACUUUGGCAUACACAAUAAGUUUCAGUAAAAGUAGCUACCAAUUCAGUACUUCAGCAGCAGGUUAUUUUUUACAUUUUCAUAAAGUAGACUUUUCUUCAAAGUUUUCAUAAUCUACAUCCAUUAUUAAGUAUGCAGAGAGAAAAGCUGAAAAUUGAAGAGAAAGAGCUAGAUUUUGGGUUUGUGGUGCUGAAUGUGCAAUUCAAUGAGACAGGUCACUACGCCCUAAGACUAACAUUGGAAAACCCACUGUUGGAGGGAUCGGGAAGUGGAGUACAGCUACGGGUAAAUGACGGAGACGUUCUGUACACAAACACAGGCAUCACAGACAUCAUUGAACAAAGUAACCUCAAUGAAGUGUACUUCUUCAACCAACAGAAAUUUGUCUUCACCCUGCCACGAGGAUUCUGUAAAAAUGACAAGAAUCAUGAUGUUCGGCUUCGGAUUGAAGCUCUACAAACCAAGGAAUCUUCACUCAACAAUGCUAAGAAGGCAGGAGAAGCUUUUUUUGCAAUUUAUCCUCGAACAAACCAGCCACGUAUCAACUUGUAUGCCGGCAAGAAUGAAGACCUCUAUCACUAUAGCAAUAUUAUGACCUUGCUUCGAGUGAAGAAUGAUGAACUUGCAAUGCACUGUGGCAGAUUAGCCUAUACUGUGUUUUUCCGUGAGUCUCGUCCACCUGUAAAGGAAGUUGCAUUGACACCAUUGGUACCUCUGCCUACUCAAAAUAGGCAAGAAGAUAGACCAUUAACCAUUCAAGCAAAUAGGACUCCCUCACCUUUACCUCCUGAAGAAACAGCUAAGACUCAGCAUGCACUGUUUGGAGAUGUUAAUCAGCCAGAUACAGAUGAUCAGUCUCACAGGACGCCAACUCCUUAUCCCAUUGAUAAGCAUUAUUCCCCUGAGUUGCAGCCUGCAGAGAACGAACCAGAGUAUUAUGAGCAGCAGAGUGAACCUGCAGAUGACACACCUCCAGCUAGUCCAGUGCAAGAGGAAAAUGCUCCAAGUAGGUUACCCAGUAGCUCAAGUCUGCACUUCCCAUCACCUGCAUAUACACCUGUGUCAUCACCAGAGCAUCGAAAGGUAACAGAGAAUCCUCUUGGAGUAAUGGAUCAUUCUCAAUUUAAUGACCCUCAUGAUCCAGCUGUGUGCCCUCCUGGUAAAGAAGCCAUCAGCAUUAUCUUGCAUGGAGCUACAAACCUGCCUUCAACAACAGAUGGGUCUGUCCCACAGCCCUUCGUUAUUGUCAGGAGACGAGGAGCAUCUGAUAAGCAGCGACCAAAACUUAACCUGGGAGUUACCCAUGCGACACUUCAGCCAACUUAUUCCCCAUCCUGGGAGGAGAAGGUGACUUUGGAGAUGGAUAAAGAGGACACAGACAAUGAAGAUGUGGUGCUUCACAUUGCAGACAGCAUAAGUAAGGAGCUGCUGGCAGAGUUUUGUAUCCCUGUGAGGUACCUUCAGCCUUUCCAUCAUUACCACCUGGAGCUACAGAAGGUAAGACACACACACAGCCUGGCAUGCUCUCACAGUGCAGUAACUACAGUCUUAUUGUACAAUCGUACUCAUGCUGUUCAACAUAACGUUUGCAAAGAUACAACUGUUACGCAGUAUUUCUUUGUGCAAGUGAACUCCUCAACAAAACACACUGUUAUUCUGCAUGUAAUCAUCAUGUUCAAGUUUCAAGUUAAGAUUCAUUGUAAAUUAAUUUGUUUACUGUUAUCAAAUGUUCAGAAUGAUCCCCCUGGGGGUGGGCUGCUUGUCUCUCUUGGAUGCAGCCCUAGUAUGGCUGAAAAUGUUCUGUGA